GACUGAAGCCGAAGUGAUCGAUGCCAGGAAGUCGGAAGUGCUACAGCAUUUGCAGUGUGUAAUCUGCCUCGACGGCGUUCAUGAGGCUCGACUCUGUCCAUCCUGUUCACGGUUAUUUUGCGAAGGGUGCAUUUACAAUUGGCUAACGAACAAAUCCAGCACUUGUCCAAACUGUCGAACAACCGUGAGUUAUUCUGCACUGGUAAAGGGCUAUUCGAUCAAUCAAUUGCAGGAAUCGAUCAGGCAUCUGUUCUCAAGCAUGGACAACAAGGACAACCUUUGCGGUGAACAUGAGAACCAGCAUCUUUCUCUAUUUUGCUACCCAUGCGAAAUGAAUAUUUGCGUUAAAUGUUGGUUCUCAGAGGAACAUGCUGAGCACAAGGAACGGGCCGUACCUCUAGAGGAAGCUUUCGAACACUACAUGCAAAAUAUGACGGCGACUCUAACCUGGAUCAACGGACGAAAGGAAGUGGUCGAUCAUGUACUGAAACAGGUGCAGGAAAAUCUAAGUCGUCUGAGCCAAGAGAAAGAAUUAAUCGAAAAACUACGUGGAGAAUCGGAGGAGCUGAUUACGGGCAAGGCAAAUCCUGCAUCUGUAAUGCAAAUCAUUACAACCGAACGAGCAAUGGCGGAGCUGCGUUUGAACCAUCAGGAUGAAACAGAAUCAGUUCGACUAGAUCGUCGCCGAGAAUUCAUGUCGGAAGCAACCGUACUGGAUUUCCGUAUGACAGAGUUCGAUAGCACUAUAAAGAACCAUGGAUCAUUCAAGACAAACCUUCAAGCUCCGUACGGCUUCGAAUGGAAAUGCGAGAUCACAAACGAAGAUAACGGCAUGUACUUCUACCUUAGUUUAAUGGCAGGAAAACCCAGUGAUUACUCCGUACUGUUCGAUGGCAAACCGGAGAAGGUUUGCCGAUUUGAGUUGGACAGUGCCGUGAAGAUUGGGGUGUACAAGCCAGUCAUGGAAAACGUGGUCAACGAUUCGCAAAAGUUGACCGUACAAAUUCGUCAAUCCUACGGUGACAGGUUUCAACAGUUGCAUGACUAUAUUACUCGGCUGGAGAAGGAAAAUGCUGAUCACGUGGCAUUCAAAACGUACCUCGCCGAUUGGGACAAGAGACUUGGGCCUUCAUCUGGUUGAAGAUAACUGUUGAAUUCGUAUCCAACUUGUAGUAGAUAGUUUCCAGAAUAUCUUGGUAUUUUAACAAAAAAUCUAAUGACAAGAGCUAUAUUUUAUAUUAUAACAACUGACGAGAAUCUGCCCUAGUUUUAAAUUAUGAUCAAAACAUGUUCAGAAUAAGAGGUUAUAAGCAUUUCUGUUUAUUUGUACUAAAUUCAAGUUAAAUUACAUUUAAUUCUAAUCGAGGUGCUCCAGUAACUUAGCAGCCUUAACGAUUUUUGCCUAAAAUUAUUAAUUAUUUUGUUGGACAUUUUAAGCUGAACAAUGCAUUAUAUCCUAAGUAACGUUGACAAAUUCUCUUCGUCUACUUUCUCUUUUCAUGCUCACGGCCAUGCACAUUCCCAGCUAAU